AUGUCUACCUUCACUGCUCUCAAUGGCGCUUCAUCAAAGCUGACAGAGUCUCCGGCGGCGCCGGGAGAUAAAAGCUCUGGACCAGAAGAUCGUCUCGCCGGUUCAGCAGCAACCGCAUCGGUAUCGGCAGCCCCCGAAGCACCACCAACGACGUCUCAAAGAGAAUCCUGGACUCCUCAAAGUGUAGAGAGGACUAUACAUGUCGCAACCUAUCCGGAAAUCGAAGGAUCACAUAAGCGUAAGCGUUCUGGAUCCGUCGAUAUCCGGAGAGAAGCUUCAGUACAAGAGCGCACCCCAGAAACCGCAACGGCUCCACCACACGACGCCCGCGAUCACUAUGGAACCCCACAGAGAGACUAUCGACCCUAUGGCGAUGAGCAGAGGGACCGCGACAAGGAGUUGUGGUACUCGCAUCAAUCUCGGGAUGAGAGAAAUCCCUAUGAGACGCAGCAGAACUCGGCAAUUUCGACACAGAGCAACUCGGAGGAGCAGAUUGGGGAAGCUUUGAGGCGAGCUACCGGACAGAUGGACCACAGCGAUUACGGCGGCACAAGCCCUGAUGGCGAUGAUCGAUCGAUGUCUCUUUACGGUGGUUCGUAUACCGACCAUAGAGGAGACUCGAUGCUCCAGCAUGAUCCGAAGAAGCGGAAGCGAAAUUUCAGUAACCGCACAAAAACUGGGUGCCUAACCUGCCGGAGGAGAAAGAAGAAGUGUGAUGAACAGAAGCCUGAGUGCAGUAACUGCAUUCGUGGUGCCUUCGUAUGUGCUGGCUAUCCGCCACAGAGGGGGCCAGGCUGGCAAAAGCCAGACAGCAAGGCCGCGGCGGUGCCACUCGAAUCCAAAGACCCCAGCUACGUGCCCCCUGGUGCGUAUGGCAUGCCGCAGCCUCACCCGCAGCCUCACCCGCAACCCCAAUCGCAGCCGCCUCCGCAGCCAGCCUCGGUGCCCGGGCCGGGACCAGUGCCCGCCCCCUACGGACCCCAGCCUGUGAAACGAGAGUCCGUAUCCCAUUACCGCGGCCAGCCUCUCCGGAUAGACCCUCCACAGAGCCGGCCAGUCAUCAUCUCGGACGACGACCGUCCAACGGCAUCGACCAUACCAAGUGCGUCCGUGACGAGUCCCGACAACAAGCUUUCUGCUCUGCCCUACACUCCCGCCAACGUCUUCCCCACGCCCGUAAGUGCAAACACGCAACCGCCGCCGUUUGGGGAGAGGAUGGCAAAGGAGUAUCAGCGGGUGCCUCCGCUGCACGACCUGAGCCGAACCGAGCCUGAAACCCCCCAUCCAGGCAACCAGUUGCCGCAAAUCAACAUCCUGCAUCCCACGAGGACAAACAGCCCGACGCCUCGACCCCAGCCACCUGCAACCUCAAAUGCACAGAUGGCUGCGCAGCUAGCACUCUCGCACUCACAAUUUCCUCUUCGACGGACCCAAAAGGAGGAGAUGCUUUCAGGAAGGCACUUUUACCCGUUCGAUAAGGAGCUCUGCCUCGAGCGAGAGCGAUGCGCUGCUGCCUGCUGGAGAUUCAACAACCUCACGACACCUCCGACCAACGGUGUAUCUCCCGAGGAACGAGCCCGCCUCUUCCUCGAGAUUCUACAACCUCGAGAUCCUGUCCGUGUGUCUCCCACCGAGGCGUCUCCGGUUACCAAUGUUGGCCGGGUCGGUCGCCAUGUUGCUGUUGAAACCCCCUUUGUGUGCGAUUAUGGCUACAACAUUUCCAUUGGCAACGACGUCGUCAUUGGGCGAAACUGCACCAUCAACGAUGUCUGCGAGGUCAGGAUCGGGGACAACUGCGUACUCGGGCCCAACGUUAGCAUCUUCACUGCCUCCCUUCCCAUUGACCCUAAGAAACGCCAAGGAGGACAGGGUCCGCAGUUUGGCAGACCCAUUGUCAUAGAGCAAGAUUGCUGGAUUGGUGGCGGUGCCAUAAUCUUGCCUGGCCGGACCAUUGGCAAGGGAAGCACCGUAGGAGCUGGAUCUAUUGUCACCAAGGAUGUACCUCCCUUCACUAUUGUGGCCGGGAAUCCUGCACGCGUCCUUCGCGGCAUUGCCUCUUAA